CUUGACUGCCCCCCGCCGCGUCGAGACACCACGUUUGCGACAACUGUGACGACACAACGCUACAAUGUCCAACAUCCCACUAAGAUCAGACAGUCUGCAAACACCCUCAAAGACGGAGCAGCAUGGCCUGUCGUCCAAGUUGAGCUUCUACCAAGAUGACUUGCGGUGCACGCCGUCGUCUUUGGGCUCGAGAAGCGCCAAUUCCAUCCGCUCACACGACUCGCGUUGGUCCUUUAGAGACGCAUCGUCCAUCUCAUCGCAUGCGCCCUCGACGCUACCCGCCCUCCAAACCAGAGGCGGCAUGGACAACGAUGGACUCGAACCGCUGACCGAGGAGGAAUUCGACCCGGCCUCGUUUGACCUGGUGGUUCCUGCGCAUGCGCUGGGCAAACAAUACACGCUCGAAACGCAAUCUGAGCUGCUCUUCUCCGUCAAGCACCUCGAGGUGAUAUUCCAGGACCCUGUGCUGCUUCAGCGCUUCUCCAACUUUCUCUCCACGUCGCGGCGAGACUCGUUGCCCAUCUUGGCCUACUACCUGGAUACUCUCAAAGCGCUCAAGGCCAUUGACUAUGCGAAUGCUCUAAUCGGCUCGCUGAAGACGAUUGGCGGGCUUGAUUUCACCGAGGACCCUAUCGCCGCUACCGUCAACAAUGCGCUACGCAAGAGGGCAGACGAGGCUUUUGAAGCCAUGGCCAACCAGGACCUGCCAGCGUACAUUACGCACACGUUGAUCCAGACGGUCAGUAUUACCAUCAGGCGAAGAAUCACAGACACGCUGCCUCUGCAUCUUCGGGAUCUAUCAGAAGGGCUCGCAGAGGUGUUCUGCCUGUCAGACCCGUCACGACCCGACAACCCUAUUGUUUUUGCAAGCGAAGAAUUCCACAGAACGACACAAUACGGCAUGAGCUACGCGAUAGGGCGUAACUGUCGGUUCCUCCAGGGCCCCAAGACGAAUCCAUUCAGUGUGCGGAGAAUCCGGGAGAAGCUCGAGGCCGGCCAAGAACACUGCGAGACUUUCCUAAACUAUCGCCGCGACGGCUCUCCCUUUGUCAAUCUCCUCAUGGUGGCUCCGCUCUAUGACUCUCGAGGCGUCGUACGCUAUCACCUGGGCGCCCAGGUCGACGUUUCUGGACUCGUCAAGGAGUGCUCUGGACUGGAGUCGCUGUCGAGGCUGAUGCAUCAGGAGAACCCCGAGCAGUACCCAGGUGAGGGGCCUAUCCAACCACAACCGAGCCAUGACAACGACGAGUUUCGGGACUUGGCUGCCAUGUUCGAUCUGUCCGAGCUGAAGACGGUCCGCGAGAUGGCCAACUGGAACAAGCCGCGGCUGGUGAUCCAAGACGACGCCGCCAUCACCCGCCGGCUAUCAGAUCCGAUCCUCCAGGAGCCUGCUGUGAGUAUGAACGCUGGCGGACGCCUCAGCGGCAUCUUCCAGCACUAUCUCCUCGUCCGGCCGUAUCCCAACCUACGCAUCCUCUUCGCGUCGCCGUCGCUGCGUGUCCCAGGCAUGGUGCAGAGUCCCUUCCUGUCACGCAUCGGAGGCUCCGACCGCGUCCGCGACAGCCUCACGCAGGCCUUUGCCGACGGACACAGCCUGAGUGCCAAGGUGCGCUGGCUUUCUCGGUCCGACAUACAUGCUCAGAGUCACUACAUGCGUGUCAUGAACCAUCAGAGCCACGGUGAAGGCGGUGGCCAGCCUCCUCCAGCGUCUCCGGGCCGUAGUCGCUGGAUUCACUGCACGCCACUGCUCGGCUCAAAUAGGACUGUUGGUGUUUGGAUGGUGGUUUUGGUCGACGAUGAUUCCGAGCCAUUUUAUAGAGGUGGACGACGCGAGGCACCGCCAAUCCUGCCAUAUCCCACACUGAACUUGAGUCAUGUUGAUGCGGCUGAGGAUACAAUGAGUUUAAGUAGUUUUGCAGCUGCAUAUCGGGGUGCAUCGGAGUAA